AUGGUUGUCGAUAAGACGCUGAUGCGCAACCUGGAAAACGUUCUCUCGACUCAAACGAUCGAGUCCGCGAGCUCGAACAUGCGUGAAGAGCAGCCGCAGGAUAGUGACAAUUGCAUCAAGUGCGUGACCCCGGCACCGCCGUCUUUCAACAAGUUGCUCACUGAAGCGGUUUCCAAGGAGGAUGCUGCGCACAAGAUCCAGAUAUUCCUGCGGUAUCACCUCAAGCUGCGACAAUGCAGCUGCACAUCAACCGAGCACACAACUUCGACCACGUCUUCAAUGGACGCACUGUCCGUGCCGCAAGAGUUGGACGAGGACCAUUUGCAGUACGAGAUCCUGCUCUGGUACGGCUCAAGUCUUGGCUCUCUUGGCUUCAUUUCGUGUGGAAUCACGGGCUACCCAUGUGUUGAAGUGGCCGAGGGCAACGACUCAUUGCCUGGGAUGUGGAACCUCCGUGAAGGUGAUUACCUCAUUGCUAUCAACGAGCGCAGCACGAAACGCAACGCUGUGCCGUUCAAAGCGGUCAUGCAGAUUCUCGAUAGCGGCGUGAGGCCGGCCGUGCUGAGGUUCCGAAGACCUGCUUCGCACGAGUUACAGAGCCUUACGACGAGACCGCGACGGCUUUCCUCGAUCACACGCACAGAUCUACAAAAAAGUCGAGAGCGACUCGAGCGGUCCUUGAGCUACGUCAUUUGGAGAGAAGAGGAUGGGCCGCUUGGAAUGAGCUUGAAACCUGAAAACGGCAAGUCCUACCCAGUUGUCACGGCCAUGAACGAGUCCGGCGUAGCAGGUCGCGGUGGCACUGGAAAGUACGGCAUAGUGAGUGUGGGCGAUCAGCUGUUGACGAUCAACCACCACGACGUUUUCCGCUUGGGGUUCAAGAAGAUGUGCCAAGUCAUGCAAUUUGCUCCAAAACCGCUGGUGCUCACGUUCCGACGCACGUCACCGGCAUGCACGGAGCCUCGUUCUCUCGACUUGUAA